CGGCAAAAUAGUGCCACGGUUGACACGACAGACGGAUGGAUGGAUAAAAGACCCACACACACACGCCCCUCUCUCUCGUGCGUCGGUCUUUCUUACGUACGCAGCCACACACUUACACACAGAAAGACAGACAGACAGUAUAGCCCCACAAUGCAUUCAAUGCCGGCACACACGCAGAGCAGACAGAGACCCAACUGACUGACUGACUUGAAUUACCUGCCUACCUAUCCCCCAACCACCCCUCGCCACGACAGCCAGCCACAACAGACCAGCCACAAUAGCCAGCCAGCCACAGCAGCCCAGCCACACCAGGCAGGCCAUGUACACCAGUUAUCAAUAAAGCUUCAGCGACAGCGUCAUCACAGCCUACACCACAUCACACAACACAACACAACACACAAACAACACAUUUCCCGCCCAUCCGCCACCCCGUGUGUCUGAGUGAGUGAGUGAGUGGAUCUCCCCGCCACCUACCGUCAGGUGUCCCAGUUCCUCAGCGGACACCUCGUGCUUCCCAUUGGGCACCACGUCGAAGGUCGCGUUGAUGCCCCGCUGCCCCAGCAUCUUCUUGAGCUUCUCGCCACACCCGGGAGGCGCCACCGUGUCGUUGGAGCCGUGCAGCAAAAACAGCUUCGAAAACUUGGCUGAGGGCGAGGUGGCCUUCUCGGCGAGAAUGUCCAGAACCUUGCCGGGCAGCACCUGCAUCCCGAAGCAGCACACACCGCCAAUCGCCACCUGCAGGAACACACAAAGGAAGAAGACACACUCAGGGGUGGCUGGGGUGGCUGGUGGAGAUGGUUGUGGGUGUGGGUGCGGUUAAAGAAAUACAUCGAGUUGGGUGAGUGCGGUGAAAAGGGCGAUGAGCGCGCCCUGGCCGACGCCGCCGAGCAUGAGCUUCUCGGGUUCCUGUCGGUUCUCGCGCAGCUCACGCUUGAUCAGCUGCGCCACCAACGCACAACUCUCCUCGAUCUCACCUACAGGCAGACACACAGACACACACACAAGAGGUAUAUGUGUGUGUGUGUGUCUGUGUGUGUGUGUCUGUGUGUAUACCGAGCGCCUGGAGCUCUUCGAGUUUGAGUUUCUCGUCGAGUGACCCGCCGGAUCCGCCGCUAUUGGACUUGGCCGCGGUGGUGUCGAAGAGGAAGUCGCCACACCACCAGCUCGGGUCCUCCUGCACACACAUCAUGCACACCGUAGUGGCAGGACCUGCCUGUUGUGUGCGUGCGUGUGCGUUGCGUGUGCUGCCUGCGGUGGGGUGACGGUGGGUGGCGCACAUACGUCAGUUCCGACUGUCUUGGGUGCUGACGGGAUGACCACCUUGACGUGCUCCAACACCUCAUCCCUUCACACACACACACACACAGGGAGUGGAGUGGUGGUUUCGUGUGUGGUGCUGUGCUCACGAGUCGGCUCGGCUCGCUUACUUGCUGAAGGACCGCUUGAAGAGCGAGAGGUACUCGUCGGGGAUCUGGCCGAAGUCGUGCAGCCACACCAAGGUGGCCUUCUCGUCGCCCGCUGACUCACACUCGACAAUGUGCAGACCUGCACACACACACAGAGAGAGAGAGAGAGAGAGACAAGGCACACAUCAUGCGUGUCUUGCCUCUGAGAUGAGAGUGUGUGUGUGCGUCCUUCCUGACCUUCGAGAGUCUUCUUGAUCUGCGUCUCGGGGAUGUUCUGUGCAAACAGGGACUCCUCCAGCUCCCUGCAUCCACACACAAACCAGCACACAAACACGUCCAUCCCUCCAUCCAUCCAUCCACUCAUGCCGCGCCGCGCUCACUUGCUCUUGAUGGCCUUGUUCUUCUCCUCGGCGGCCUUGGCCUGCAGGCCGGCUUCCUCCUCCUGGAUGGUCGGCACAGCCAGCAACGGCUUGGCGAUCCGGCCCUUCUCCGUCAAAAACUUCAUAGCAGACUGCACACACACACACACACGCAGGUGGACAGAUGCACACAGCAGAGAGUGCGGUGGGGUGGGGGUGGGAUGGCUGGCUGACCGUGAUAUCGGUGAGGGGGAACUCUCGUGUCUGGAUGGCGAGCUUCUUGUUGUCGAUGAGCUUGGCGAAGGACUCCAGGUUCUCAACCAUUCUAGAUAGAAGCAGACACCACACCACACCCAACACCACACACACGUGUCGUGUCGUCAUCCAGCCGCCAGUCACUCUCUCUCUCAGACGGAGGGGACAGACAGACUGACAGACUGACUUGGUUUGGUUCCUGCCGGACUCCAGCCAUCGAUUGAGGUAGAAGCUCUCAACCUUGAUCUCAGAACUGCAGUCAGUCAGGCACCGUCCCACGUGUGUGAGUGACAUUCAUUAUCUAUCUCUCAUAUGUGUCGGUAGGUACCUUGCUUACCUGACGAGCAUGUGCCAAGGGAGCUGGAAGGGCUGGCCGGACAUGCCGCCGUAGACCACCACACGCCCACCCACAUCGAGCGCCUGCGUCAGCUUGGCAGUGCUCGUGCUGCCCAACACGCAGUCCAGAGCCAUCUUGGGCAGAGCCGCACCCUGCAGUCAGUGCAAUCAGACAAUGAGAGGGAGUUGGGUUGGUGCCUUGCCUUGCUCACUCACUGACCUCAGCGAGCAGUCUGUGUCUGAUGGGGUCAUCUUCGGCGAACACACGAUUGGCGCCCAGCUCGUGAAGAUGCUCAACCAGCGUCUCGAACGACGACUCGCUGUGACGACUGCACACACACCACACCACACAUCCAAAUGAAUUCGCAUCCGCGACUGUGUGUGCGUGUGAGUGUGGGUGUGGGUGUGGGUGGGGUACCGACCGUACCGGAUGACGGCAAUGGGUCUGAAGCCGAUGAGUUUGGCGAGCUGGAUGACCAGCUGCCCCACCAGCCCGUUGGCUCCGUUGACGACCACGCCGUCGCCGGGCUGCAGGCUCUCGGAACACAGGUCCACCAGACGGUAAGCUGCACACACACACACAUGGAGAAACAGAGAUUCGCGCGUGCGCGUGGGCGUGUGUGUGCCCGCAGCUUACCGAGGUAUAGUUCCUUUGCGAGUGCGGCAUAUUCGAUGGGGAUGAGUUCCUGGGGUAUCUUCAGGAGGUCCCUCUCGCGCCACACGGCCGCCACCUGCCAAGUCCCCAGGGUGUCCUUCAGAGGCACCACCCAAUCGCCCUCGCGCAAAUCCUUCACACCGGGGCCGACCUUCUCAACCACAGCCACACCCUCUGCACACACACACACACAGAUUGGUUUUUUGGGUGCGGCGGAGGGCGCGGAAGGCUCACCAGAGCCGAGGAUGGUGCGGUCUCCGGCGAUUGUGCCGUAGUUGUAGGCGGCACUGGUGUGGCCGAGUGGGAGGGCGCUUGUUGUGCUGUCCUGGUGCCAGCUGCGCAACACGUCCUCGCCAGCACUGAUGCGAUUCAUCCACACCACCAGCCACACACACACAUGAGAUGAGAUGAGCACAUCACUACACUCAGAGAGGCCUGGCCUUGCCUUCUGUCUGUCUCUCCCUUCCUUACGCCAUGAGAGUGAUGUCAUAGGGGUUGACGGCCGCAUAUCUGAUGUUGACGAGCACCUCGCCCCACUCCAGCUCGGGCCUCAGCUUGACCGUGAUGGUCUCGCACAGCCUGGAAGGGUCGUCCAUGACGUCGCUCCGCUUGCUGAUCUUGAUGUCCUUCCGGCGAACCACCUUCUGCGUCGCGUGCCGGCACCGGUGCGGCACCGUCUCGUAGGACGUCUUGCAGGUGCCCAGACGAUCCAGAAUGAUGUCGUCCGUUAUCAGCUGACAUAACAAUGGGCAGACAGACAGGAGCCAGGCAAGGCGAGACAAGGGAGCAGAGUGUGCGGUUCGAAGUGGGGACAAGUAAGGGUAGAGAGGAGAGGACGUGUGUACCGAGUCCUUCUGGUUUCUGGAUCUGAGCCACUCCUGGAAGCCCUCCUCGUGGGUCUGGUCGCCCUUUGGCCGCACCAGCCGCUCGGCCACGUCGAUGACGUUGGCGUCCGACGCCUUGUCGCCACCGCCGGCCUUGCCGCCCUUGCCCUUGCUGAAGCUCUCCAUGAACUCCUCCUCAGCCGACCUGACCGCACGGCCGGUCUUGUCGUAGUGGGCACGGAGCUUGCCGUCAGACAACACCUGGGGGACACACAGACAGAGAGACGGAAGGGGAUUGUGUGUGUGUGUGUGUGUGUGUUGGGUGGUGGCGUGGAUUGUCUGGCAGUGCAGUUCCCGACCGACCUCAUAGGCCUUGUUGAUGUUUUGGAAGACGGUGGGGUCUCCGCCCUUGUCCGGGUGCUCCUUGACCGCCUUCUGCCGAAACGCCUGGAGGGUACACACACAACACACAACACACCACACGCAGCGCAACACGCACACACAAUGCACUGCACCACAUGCGAGGCGAUGCAGCCUUCUCAUCUCAGCCUGGCUCGUGUCUGUCUGACUGACCUUGCGGAUCUCGGCGAGGGGGGCGGUUUUGUCGACGCCGAGGACGGCAUAGAGGUCCAGAUCUCCUUGGCCAGACAUCCUAUCCUCACUCACACACCUGCUUCAGUCGAGAUAUAUGCCGCUCCUUGCUGCACAACCGCAACCACACAGGGACGAGCAGAUCUGUGUGGCGGACUCGGUUUAGGCAGGGCAGGCAGGAGACUGACUGACUGACUCAGUGCGGGUGUGACAGUGUACUGUACGGGGGAUGUAAGCGUUGCCACUGCCGACUGACUCACUGAGUCUGCUUUUCAGCAAGCGAUGACGGGAGCCACGAGCCCUUCCCUCCGUCUACACGGCGGGCGAAG